GAAAUUGAGAUUAAUAUUGGGCCGGCACCACUCCUCAAGUGUUCUGUCUGAUAGAUUGAAACUUUUCUCUCAUUAUAUCUUUGACGUGCGGUGAACAGUGUUGAGAUUUAAUACGCAAUCUUUUUUGUGUCAUUUUCUUGUGGCAUGUUACAUCGCGAAUAUUAUUAGCUAAAACAAGGAGAAAUUCAGUUUUAAUUAUUGUUAUACUGUAUUAAGUAGUAUCUGAUACUUGUACAGGUAUAGAUUGCCAAGUACUGUGAUUUCAGAUAAAUAGUGUGGGGCAAUCAAUUGUGGAUUGAUAAAAGUUGUGAGUGGAGAACCUUCAAAUUGUCAUAAUAUAUUUAGGUGUGUACAGAUAGAGAUUUAGACAUUCAGGCAGUGUGCAGAGAGAAUUAAGCCUGUCCUGUUGGGAAGUGGAAUUUUAAUAAUUUGUUUGUUUCUUUGAAAAUUUUAAAAUGUGAACUUAAAACAGAUUAUAAACGGAUGUAUUUGUGAAUUUUCUCGUGUGUACGUUUGAUGCCAUGUUUGAAACACCAGGAUAGAUUUAAACACACAUAGACACACAUAAAGACUUUGAAUAGAUAAAUGAGGCGGAAUUCCAACCCCAGCCUGGGCCAUCAGGUGGGGUCUGGGGGCAUCCCCACCCUGAGAGUCCAGUCUGACACGCCCCUCCCCAACAACGAUGUCCGUCUGCCCAUGCUCUCCGCCCAGAGAUCCGCCCUUGCAAACAACAAGCCUACGCAGAACGGUUACGAGCGGUCCCCUUUUGUGACCCCUCGACCCCCUGGGAACAAUGGGAUCUACACAUCAAUUCGGCAGAACAGAGGACAUGAUAUAGCCAACUUUCAGUGUGUGGGUGUAAAGGCAGCCCCCAAGGGUCAAGGUUUCGGGCACAACAACGCAGCGGCCUUCGCGUUCUCCCAGCAACUACACAUCCCCAACGGGCGCCUGGAGACACAGACCCCCACCCCCAGUGAGAUCUCUACCAUCCACUCUGCCCGCAAUGUUAACACACCCACCAUGUCCAUGGUCUCAGGUCAUGGGUCAGAGCGCAACCUUCAGACCCCCAUCAGUCACGUGGACAGACAGCUCCUUGAGCCAAACGCGCCCCAGAAGGGCUGGAACCCCUAUACAGCCCUGCCUCAGGUGCCCUGUAGCAAGGACUCUGAUAACAUGUCCGUGUCUGACAAGCAAUCAGUCUCUGAGCCGCGCACACACGCCUCCUGGCACACUAACGGCGUGGUUCCCAGCAGCGCCACCACCUGCUACCACACCAGCAGCAGUGGUACCAACUCCCUGUCCCCACACAACCUGCCCAUGGACAUGUCGCCCACAGGCUCCACGGCCCUGGGCUCCAACUUCACCAACAGCCCACGACACUCGGCUCACGUCCACUCCAGGGCACAGAAGCGCGCUCUGUCAUUGUCGCCUAUUGGAGAUGGCUACGAUUUCUCCAACCUUAUCAGAGCCUCCCCAACAUCCUUGUCGUUUAUCAACAACGCUGUCACCAAUCCCCAUGCCUCUCCUGGAGCCCAAAACAUGGCCAAUUGCGGUCAUUUUGGCCACUUGAUUGCCCGCAACAGGCAGCAUGGUUCGGCCAACUCGGGCGGCCAUCGCUCAGGCUUCUCACAACUAAAGGCUGAGCCUGGUCUUGAGAUCAACGAUAUACAAGACUAUUUUGAGGACAUACGCAGCAAUCUUACUGUGAUGCCACAGAACGAAAUCCCAUUAUUCGAGCAGAAACUGUUUAACGACAUCCAACAGUAUGGCGCACCGAGGUUCAACCUUGCACCAGAGAACAUGGUUCAGCAUCCGGGAUACCAGACCCACCAGACCCAUCACUACCAGGGCAUGAACAUGAACAAUAUGAACCAGAACCUGAACAGCAUGCACCUGAACAAUGAGGGCAUGCGUCCGCCACCGUCAUACGACCAGGCCAUGGGUCAGAACCCUGCCGUGGGAAUGAUGCAGGGAGGCCAGUCCCAGCAGUAUAGUGGUAUGCAGCCUCUGGGGCAGAACAACCUCAACAACUUGAACAACAUCAACAACUUGAACAACAUUAACAACAACCUGAACACAAUGUCGAGCCUCAACAGCGACCCAGACUUCCUUGAAGAUGGAGAGGUGGAUGAGAACGGAGAGAAGCAGCACACAUGUCGCUGGAUUGACUGUAACCUUAUAUUCAAGGAGCAGGAUGAGCUCGUACGCCACCUUGAGAAGUCCCACAUAGAUCAGCGUAAGGGGGAGGACUUCACCUGCUACUGGUCGCAGUGCCAGCGCCGGUACAAGCCGUUUAAUGCCCGAUACAAGCUGCUCAUCCACAUGAGGGUGCACUCUGGGGAGAAACCUAACAAAUGCACGUUCGAGGGCUGCACGAAGGCGUUCUCUAGGCUUGAGAACCUCAAGAUACAUCUGCGAUCUCACACUGGCGAGCGUCCGUACGUCUGUCAGCAUCAGGGAUGUCAGAAGGCAUUCAGCAACUCGUCUGAUCGGGCCAAACACCAGCGCACACAUCUCGACACGAAGCCCUACGCAUGCAAUGUUGUGGGAUGCACCAAGAGGUACACGGACCCGAGCUCCCUGCGCAAACACGUGAAGAAUCACACAGUGAAGGACCCCUCCAAGAAGAAGAUGAAGCGUGAGGGUGACAUACCCCAGGGCAUGCUGGGUAACUGUCUCACAAUACAGCAGCUGCACACAGGCAACACAGACCCCUCUGAGCAACAACAGAUCUACCCCAACUAUGGUCUGGGAGGCCCAUCAGCACCCAAUGUGAUGGAGCAGUCACCCAUCAACGCACAGAACAGCCCGAUGAGCGUGAUGGAUGACUCACAGGGUUCAACAGACAUGCAUGGGGCGUAUUCUCCGGCUCCACCUGACAUGCUGAGUCCGGGCCGGCGACCACACCCACGCCUGCGCCAUCACGGCAUCUACCACAACAUGGAGAUGGGCAUGAUGCCAGUGGCGAACCCGCAGGCUGAGAAGUGGUACCAGCAGUGGGUGGAGAACGGGGGAGAGAUGCCUGCACCUGAGCCCAAGCACACCGACCUGCCUAUGCACCAGUUUGCGUACGGUAACUGUCGCAUGCAGAAUGUGAACUGGAACCCACAGAUGGAAGAGUUUGGUCUUCAUCCGGACAUGCAGGCCGGAAAUGGGGAUUUCCACUUUGACGGUGCGUAUCCCAUGAUCCCCCAAGAUGAGAUGCAGCAGCAGUUCCUGCAGAUGAAUGCAGUGGACAGGCCGGUCAGCAGGCUGUCUGGCAUACUGGCAGACGGCACCACUUGAGUCACAUGACAGGAAGUGAUCUCACAGGAAGUGGGGUGGGGGAGAAGUUGUUGUGGGGAGUGAUAUUUAACAGGGAGAAGUUCAUAUAUUGUAGAUUUAUUGUUUAAGUUAUGAAUUAUAGCAAGAUUCAUGAUUCUUCUUUAAGAGAUAUUUUAAAGUUGUUUUAUAAUCCAUCAAUAUUUUAACAUAGCUAUGCUGCAAGAUGUUGACACUAUUGUGAAAUUUGAUAUAUUGAUGUGGUAAAGACAAUGAUUAAAUGUUCUGUUCAUGUGUGCCACAGCUUUAUUGUUUUUAUUGAUGUUACAUGUUCUGCACAAAAUUGAUGCAAUGUUGUGGACAUAGAUUGCCUUGUUAAGUCUCAUGUUUAGAUGUUUAUUCAACUGUUAAUGAACUGAGUUGGAAUUUUCUUGUUAUUCUUUAAUUUGUAUAUUUUAUAAUAUUACAAGAAAUCUGUGAUUUUGUUGUUGAUGUUAAAGUUUUAUGAUUAAAUGGAAAUUUAGUUAAUUUAAGUAUAUCUUUUUAAGAUGAAUAUUUAUACAUGUAUAGUGUAGAACUUAAAGUGUAACUAGUUAAAUGUAAUCUUGUUUUACCUUUUCAUGUAACAUUUUAUAACAUGGUUACAUAUUUUUACCAGGACGAUAUAAAAUAUGAAAACACAAGUUUACAAAAUGAAAUGUAUACAUUAUUCUAUUACUUCAUGCAUAGUUCUCAUGUAUUUUUCCUCAAAUCAUUUUUGCCAGCAAAAAAGUACAGCAAUUUUAAGUUUAUUUUUAUAUUGUUAAUUUUUUUUUGCAAAGACAACAUGUUGCGCAAUCGCGUUAUACAGCAACGCUCUCUACACAGGUUGUGUCUCCAGCAAUUCAGUAUUGUGUGUAACAUUUGUGAUAAUAUUGUUCCGUCCUGCCAUGUUUCUCAUAUCACGUUCAUAUCUUGUUCAACUUGACUGGUGUUUAAAUAUCUUGAAGUAAUCCAAUGUUUGAAUUUUUUUUCAGACAGUGAAUGGAGGAUUUGACACAGAGAUGUCAUAUUGGUAGUAUAGUAUAGAUAACAGUAUUUAAUACAGUAUAAAAGAAAAUGCACCUCUUUUUGUGUUAUUUAAAAUAAGCAUUAAAGCUUCAUGUUUCUUUUGGCAGUCAAAAUAAUAUUAUAAUUGUAGACCUAUUACUUAGUAAUGGGAUGAUAGAUGAUGCACGAAGGAAAAACAUUAAUAUUCAAUUGAACUGUUAACACAGACAGCUAUUGUGUAGAUUUCAAAUGUGUGGUUAUUUCUAGAUAUUUCUAUGUGUAUUUGGUAUUUGUUCACAGGGACAUUUUACCUGUCACAUUUCAGCAAAAGUUCAUUGUGCACACACAGCCAUUUAUCCCAUAAGUGAACUCAUUGUUGGAUACAGUUAUGCACAUUUUUGACACGCAGAUCAUCAAUGAUUUUCAUGACAAUAUUGCAAGCUCACUGUCUUUUUGUGCAUUCCAUUAUAUUUGGAGUUAUAUAUUUGUAUACUUAUUGUUGAUAAUGUGCCAAUGCCUAGUUAACUGUUUCUUUUAAGCACAUAUUGUGUGUUUCAACGUCUGUUAACCCUUUAAGUGCUGGAACCAAAUUUAAAAGGCCUUUGCAAACAGUUUGGAUCCAGAUGAGACGCCACAGAACGUGGCAUCUCAUCAGGAUCCAAACUGUUUGCUAUUUUGAUAGUAUUCUUUGAAACAAUAUCAAAGAAAAUGCUAAUUUUAGAAAUUCAGCAGACAACAUUUUAGCAGACGACAAAUUUCCCAGCAUGCAAAGGGUUAAGAAGUCUUCUGUUUUGCAAAGUAUUUUCUUUUACAGAGUGAAGUUUAUUUAUGUUUUAAUAUUGUCACCAUCAUUAACAUGGUAAUCAUAGUCAUCUUCAUAUUGAACUCAUAAUCAUUUUCAAAAUUUUAAAUUUGCUAUUUUAUUUUUGUGUACAAAGUCUAUUUAUUGUUUUAUAAAUCAGUUAUAUGCAUGUUGUGUGAAGUGUGGUUUUUAUUGUUGCCAAAUUAUUUUACUAUUGUGUUUUCUUGAAAUGUGUUUUGGGGAAUGGUUACUGAAAUUAUGAAUUAUAUGCAUUGUGUGGCCCAUUGUUUGUUCACAUGUAUUGGAUGUUAAUAUGUGUCUUGUUCUGUAAAAAUUGGUCAAAAUGCAUGUGCAUAAAAUGUCGUCCCAGAUUAGCCUGUGAAGUCCGCACAGGCUAAUCAGGGACAACUCUUUCCGCUUUAAUGGUAUUUUUUGUUUAAAGGAAGUCCCUAUUUACCGAAAAUCUAGUUUAAGAGGAAAAAGUCGUCCCUGAUUAGCCUGUGUAGACUGCACAGGCUAAUCUGGGAUGACACUUUACGCACAUGCAUUUAUCCCAGUUUUCUCAGAACACGACUCAUAUCAUGCAGGCAGACUAACAGUUUAUCAUUCCAAUAUUUAUUCAAUGCAACAUUUAAUUUGCAUGAUGCUAAUCAACAAAUAUGCUACAGCAAGCUUUAAUUUUCCUGGAACAGAUUCAUUGUCAUAUCUGUUGAAAUAAAUGUCUAACUUUGCAAUGAUUCCUUUUGCCAAAAUUGUGAAUUUCCGUCCAAAGUAGUUAGGUUAGUUCGCUGCAUAUUUGUAUAUAGUACACAGAGGGUUGUAUUUGUAUCUUCAACAUUCCAUGUUAUUUAUGUCAGAAAUCAUGUUCUUAUUCAUUCCAUCAGAAAACAGUGGACAAAGUAACAUUCAAGUGACUCUAAAAGUUUUUGGCAAAAACAAACAUCAGAAAAAGACUUAUUAUUUUUUUGUUCAGAAAGUCAUCAUACUUACAAUUCAAUUCAUAAUUAUGUUGUAUAUUCUAAGAAUGUCAAAUUAUUGUGUUUAAAUCUAAAAAAACAAACAAAAAUAUUACAAACUCAAAACAAAGAAUAACAACAAUAAUAAAACAAUUUGAUAAAAGUAAGAACAUUUCACAGUGUGUUAUCACUACUUAUCAAUCAGGUAUUACCAUCUUCAUUUGUCUGCAAAUAAAGGUUCUUUUCUGCAGGCCUGGAACUAUUUCGAUUUUCGGUUUCUAGUCUUGCGGCGAAGAGUGUAUCAUUAUCAGGUAGAUAUAUCAGACCCCAUUUAAAGUUUGUCAGUUGAUUUUUAGAGUUCACGAUUUCACUCUUGUACAUUUUUAUUUCACUUUCUUGGCCUUCAGAAGUUAUUUGGACUUGUACCAAUAUAUUUUGGUAUUGAUGUAAAUUCUUUCUUUGCACCAGCUCUAUAGCAAUUUAUAAAUGUAAAUGGUUUGUUUGUGAAUAUAAUCUAUACUAGCAACUAGCAACACAGUAGAAAGAAAUUGAGUUGUGGUCACUCAAAUGUGAUUGUCACCAUUGAAUAGAUCUUAAUAAUAUUGGGAAUGGACGAAAAAGGAUUUGAUAUAACCACUGUACCCGAGCAUUCUAUUACUCAAUUUCAAAUGUGAAAGUCCGCAAGACAGGAAAUCAGUGAUGCUGGGUUCCAGACCAGGGCUCCGUUGUCUCAAUAACUCAAAAAAGUGCUAUAACUUGUAUUUCUGCAUGUAGUCUGUAACAUUUUAAAGUGCUCCAUUGAUUGUGAAUCAGCCCUCAUUAAACAGUUCUGUGAUGUUAAAACUGUUUUAUAUUUUUGUUGCUUUACAAAUAUCUUUUCUUGUCUUAACGUGAAAUGUAAAUAUUUUUGUUUUGUUAAUGGUGUGCUUCUGCCUUUCUUAUUAUCAAGAAAUAAAUAUUUCAGAUGGACACAAUUGUUCCCUUUCCAGAUUAUUCUCUUUGAAGCGAAUAUUGUUAUUUAUUUAUUUUUUAUAUCACUAAUAAUAGUGUAAUUUUAAGAAGCUAUGAAAAUGCAUAGUUUACAUUGGGUUGCCAUGGUUAUAUAGUUGAAGAAUGUCUGUCCAACAACCUCUCAUGGAGAGGACAUCGCUGCCUGCAACGGAAAACAAACAUGCAACAACUAGAUAUAUUUAUAAUAUAACUUGUACAUCAUUAAAUAAUUGUAAUAUUAUAUAAUCUAUAAACUAUAGAAAGUAAAUAAACAGAUAAUUAACCCUUUUUUUGUUCGGAAACACAAUUCUUGUGACAGUACAAGAGUUGUAUAGAUCCAUACUGAUGUUUGUUGUUCUUGUUUGCUAAUGUGUUCAGAUGUUGUUUGUUGAUAUACUUAUACAAAGUCAAGAGUCCUUGGCGUCAGUGCUUGUCCGUGAUUGGUUGUUGGCAUAGACUGGUGUCUCCAAACUGAGACUGGUUUUGUUCAGUGACAAGUGCCUUAUGUUGUGUAUCUCUGUCCAUAUUCCUCUGCCUAUCCUCACUUUGUCUUCGUUACCGUCAUGAUAAAUAAACAGUCCUCAGAAAAA